GCCACACAGAACAUAAAGAUGAAGGAGAUGGCCAAUGGGAUCAGUGUGACUCAGUUUCUUUUACUGGGAUUCUCUAAUAUCCAGGAGCUGCAGAUUUUGAACUUUGUGGUAUUUCUAGUGAUUUACCUGGGGGCUCUGCUGAGGAAUCUUCUCAUCAUUAUGGUCAUAGCCCUUCACCACCACCUCCACAUCCCCAUAUACUUCUUCCUUGUUAAUUUAUCCUUCCUGGACCUCUGCUACAUCUCAGUCACUGUCCCCAAAUCCCUGGUGAACUCCCUCACCAACUGCUCAUCCAUUUCCUUCCUGGGGUGCUUCACUCAGGUAUUCCUCAUCAUUGCAUUCAUGGGAGCAGAGCUGGCCUUCCUCACCAUAAUGGCCUAUGACCGCUACCUUGCCAUCUGCAAUCCUCUGUGCUAUGGGGCCAUCAUGAGCACGGGGAAGUGUACUCAAAUGGCACUCUGUACUCAGUGCUGCACACUGUCCUAUCUCAGCAAAAUCACUGUGAUCACCGUCAGUGUGAGCAUAGGCUUGUGUUGCUUUGCUUUCAUUGUGGUGUCUUAUUUCCAUAUCUUUGCCACUGUGCUGAGGAUCCCCUCCAUGCAGGGCAAAUCUGAGGUCUUCUGCACCUGCCUGCCCCACCUCAUGGUGGUGAUUCUGUUCCUUGGAGCCAGCACCUUUGCAUACAUGGGACCAGCAUCAGCUGCCACCAGUGCUCAGGAGCUGUUGGUGGCUGUAUUCUAUUCUGUGAUCUUCAAAACUGUACUGAGAAUCCCCUCUGAGCAGGGCCAGCAUAAAGCCUUCUUCACCUGCCUCCCUCACCUCACUGUGGUCACCUUGUUAGUUUGCACUGCAUCCUUUGCCUACAUGAAACCCACCUCCAGCUCAGCAUCAGGUCUGGAUCUGAUGGUUGGUGUUCUCUAUUCUGUGGUGCCUCCAAUGAUGAAUCCGAUCAUCUACAGCAUGAGGAACAAGGAGAUCAAAGUUGCAUUGAAGAAACUGAUUGUGUGGAGGUUGUUCACCAAGAGUUAA